AUGUCUAUGUAUCAACGAGAUCCUCGUGCAGGGGGGUUUCUAGGAGGCGAUCGUGUCUCUGGGCAGGAUAUUCGGGAUCAAAAUGUCAUCGCCGCUCAAUCGAUUGCAAACAUCGUUAAGAGCUCUCUGGGACCCCUAGGACUCGACAAGAUGUUGGUGGAUAACAUUGGAGAGGUGACGAUCUCAAAUGACGGCGCAACCAUCCUUUCACUUCUAGCAGUCGAACACCCUGCUGGAAAAAUCUUUGUCGAUCUCGCACAAAAGCAGGACAAGGAAGUCGGUGAUGGGACGACGUCUGUGGUCAUCGUCGCUGCGGAGCUUCUUCGUCGAGCAAAUGAACUCGUCAAAGCUAAAAUCCACCCAACGACGAUUAUUACUGGGUACCGUCUUGCUUGCAAAGAGGCUGUGAAAUUUAUGCAAGAACAGUUAAGCAUUUCGGUGGAUAGUCUCGGUAGGGAUGCCUUGAUUAACGUCGCCAAGACGUCAAUGUCGAGUAAAAUUAUCGGAAACGAUGAUGAUCUAUUUGCGCCUAUGGCUGUCGAUGCUAUGCAGGCGGUCAAGUCGAUCAACUUGCGAGGUGAUAUCAAAUAUCCCGUCAAAGCUGUCAAUGUGCUCAAAGCACAUGGAAGGAGCGCUCGCGAAUCCAUUUUUGUGAAGGGAUAUGCCCUCAACUGCACAGUUGCAAGCCAAGCCAUGAAGAAGCGUAUCACAAAUGCCAAAAUUGCAUGUCUAGAUAUCAACUUGCAAAAAGCGCGUAUGCAACUAGGUGUCCAAAUCUUGGUUGAUGAUCCCGAGCAACUGGAGGAAAUCCGCAAGAGAGAAUCUGAAAUCACUUUGGAGAGAAUCCGCAAAAUUCUGGCUACUGGGGCCAACGUUGUAUUGACCACUAAGGGUAUCGAUGACCUUUGCUUAAAAGAAUUUGUUGAAGCUGGUGCCAUGGCUGUCCGCCGUUGCAGGAAAGAAGAUCUUCGCCGGAUAGCAAAGGCCACUGGGGGUCAGCUUAUCUCCAGUCUGGCUAACUUGGAAGGAGAGGAGACAUUUGAGGCCAGCUAUCUUGGUACCGCGGAUGAAGUUGUGCAAGAGCGCAUUUCAGACGAUGAGCUUAUCCUGAUCAAGGGAACGAAAGUUGUCAACUCUGCGUCGAUUAUCUUGCGAGGAGCUAACGACUAUAUGCUUGACGAGAUGGAGCGAUCACUGCAUGAUACACUAUCAAUUAUCAAACGCACACUCGAGAGCGGAUCGGUGGUUCCCGGAGGUGGUGCUGUAGAAUCGGCGUUGAGUAUCUAUUUGGAAAACUUUGCUACAACUUUGGGGUCAAGGGAACAGCUUGCGAUUGCCGAGUUUGCUAGUGCUUUGCUUUCUAUUCCGAAAACUCUCGCAGUUAAUGCUGCUCAAGACUCGACCGAACUGGUUGCAAAAUUACGGUCAUAUCACAACGCGGCACAAAAUGCGCCUGCUGGCGACCCUAAGAAGUUCCUCUUGCGGUACGGACUGGACUUGCUGAACGGAAAAGUCAGGGACAAUGUGGCCGCUGGUAUCCUGGAGCCUACGAUGAGCAAGGUCAAGAGUCUGAAAUCAGCGUAUGAGGCAGCUGUCUCUCUGCUCCGUAUUGAUGAUGCCAUCCAGUGUGUGCCCGAGCAAAAAGGAGACCCCGACCCUCACGGCCAUUAG